CAAGACACAACUAAAAGCAAGAGGAAUAAAGAACAAGAAGACAAGUGCUGGAAAAGAAGACUAAUUUUGUCAAGGGCUUGAACUAGAAAUUAAAAAGUAAUUGCCAUGGCAGAAGAGUACUUUCAAGGCGAGGUUUGUGGAGGAAACUGGUGGAAUUCAUCCAGAAAUAUAUUUGGCUCUUCCCUGUGUUCAUCCAAUAUCAAUGAAAUUGCAAACUUUGGAUGGCCUAAUGACAUGAUCAUGAACAUGAAUACAAGGUCUAACGAUGACUCGGGUUCACCUUCGGAUGGCUCUAUAGUACUCCAAGAUGUUCGAAAACCUCAGCAAACAGACUCAGAAUUCAUUGCCAAUGGAAACAUACCAAUUGGUUCAAUCUUACAAAUGAUGGAGAAUGAAAGUCCAUCAUCAACACCUGAUAAUUGGAACCGAGAUUUAUUCCAUGAAAAUGGAAGAUUAUCUCAGGGAAAUUGUGUUCACAUACUGCAAGAAAACUUGGCAUCAAGCAUGAAUUAUCUGCAACAAACUGGGAUAAACUGUCCACAUAUCCAAAAGGACUGGAAUUCCAAGAACAGGGGCCUAGAUUCAUCCAUUUACAGUUCAUCGUUGUUGAAUUCUUUAUUUGAUACAGAUUCUCAGCCACAUAAUUCUUCAUUAAAUAACCGGGUAAUGAACUAUCAAUCUCCUACUAGUUACCUGAAGAAGUACUCGAAUGAAUUUGCUCCUCCUUUGCCCCAACUCUCUCCCUUGAUAAAGGUUUCACUGCCAAACAAAAAACCUGCUAAGCAUUUACAGUUCUCAAAUAACAUACCCUCGUUGAAUGCCAAGGUUGCAUCUUUGAAUGAUAUUCGAGCAAGUUUACCCACUUCAACACAAUCCCAGUUCCCCUCAUCAAAUAUCAACUCGAAACCUAAUCUUCUUAAGGGUGUCAAUAAAGAAACACGAGGGUUAAGUUCAGUGGCAAAGAAAUCCAGCAGCGAACAUGCAUUAAAGCGACCAAGAAUUGAAACACCAUCGCCAUCACCACCAACCUUUAAGGUCCGAAAAGAGAAGCUAGGGGACCGAAUCACUGUCCUCCAACAGUUGGUUUCACCUUUCGGAAAGACUGAUACUGCUUCAGUUCUCCAAGAAACACUUGAAUAUAUCAAGUUUCUUCAUGAUCAAGUCAGUGUAUUAAGCACUUCCUACAUGAAAAAUGGAUCGUUUGUUGAACGUCAACAGGCUGCUGAUAAGCAGGACCUAAAAAGCCGGGGACUUUGCCUUGUACCAAUAUCAGGCACAUUCCCAGUUGCUGCUGAGACUGCAACUGACUUUUGGACGCCUACCUUUGGAGGAACAUUCAGGUAGAGACAAGCAAACGAAAUUCCAAUCCUGCGCCAUUCGUGCAGGCAAGAGAAUGAUUAGAAAACAGAAAAUUAAACUUAAAAGUAUAUGGGUUGUAAUCAAUAAUUUCUGGAUUAUAGUUAGGGGUUAGGUUUAUUAGGGACAGGAACAGGUGCUAAAUUUAGCUGAAUUUUGGAUUAGUUUAAAGGGAUUAUCCAUUAUUUGUUUGAGCUGAAUUUAGCAGAUUUUAAGGGGUUUUUGUUCCUGUUUCUAUGUAUUUUAUGGUAGGGUGCCACCUCCUUUUGAUUAA